GCCUCCAGCCAGACUCCCCCACUGCUGGGCUGAGGCUCCUCUCCUCCGCUCCCCACCUCUGCCCAGACGCCCACCAUGGGGACACCCGCCCAGAGGAAGUCUCACCUGCUGCUGCUGCUCGCCCUGGCCCUUGUCUCCUCUCCAGCUCGGAGCUCGGCCCGGGGAUCCCCAGCCACGUUUGGGCCCGUCUUUGAAGACCAGCCGCUCGGUCUGCUAUUCCCAGAGGAGUCCACAGAGGAGAAGGUGACGCUGGCAUGCCGCGCCCGGGCCAGCCCUCCUGCCACCUACAGGUGGAAGAUGAAUGGCACCGAGAUGAAGCUGGAGGCAGGUUCCCGCCACCAGCUGGUGGGAGGCAACCUGGUCAUCAUGAACCCCUCCAAGGCACAGGAUGCCGGCGUCUACCAGUGCCUGGCCUCCAACCCAGUGGGCACCGUCGUCAGCAGGGAGGCUGUCCUCCGCUUCGGCUUUCUGCAGGAGUUCUCCAAGGAGGAGCGAGACCCCGUGAAGACCCACGAAGGCUGGGGUGUGAUGUUGCCCUGUAACCCACCAGCCCACUAUCCAGGCUUGUCCUACCGCUGGCUCCUCAACGAGUUCCCCAACUUCAUCCCGACGGACGGGCGUCACUUUGUGUCCCAGACCACGGGGAACCUGUACAUCGCCCGGACCAAUGCCUCGGACCUGGGCAACUACUCUUGCCUGGCCACCAGCCACAUGGACUUCUCCACCAAGAGCGUCUUCAGCAAGUUCGCUCAGCUCAACCUAGCUGCCGAAGAUACCAGGCUGUUUGCACCCAGCAUCAAGGCCCGGUUCCCAGCAGAGACCUACGCGCUGGUGGGCCAGCAGGUCACCCUGGAGUGCUUCGCCUUUGGGAACCCUGUCCCUCGGAUCAAGUGGCGCAAAGUGGAUGGCUCCUUGUCCCCACAGUGGGCCACAGCGGAGCCCACCCUGCAGAUCCCCAGCGUCAGCUUUGAGGACGAGGGCACCUACGAGUGUGAGGCAGAGAACUCCAAGGGACGUGACACGGUCCAGGGCCGCAUCAUUGUGCAGGCUCAGCCAGAGUGGCUCAAGGUGAUCUCAGACACGGAGGCUGACAUUGGCUCCAACCUUCGGUGGGGCUGCGCAGCUGCCGGCAAGCCCCGGCCCGCAGUGCGCUGGCUGCGGAACGGGGAGCCCCUGGUCUCUGGGAGCCGGGUAGAGGUGCUGGCCGGGGACCUGCGGUUCUCCAAGCUGAGCCUGGAGGACUCGGGCAUGUACCAGUGUGUGGCAGAGAACAAGCAUGGCACCAUCUACGCCAGCGCUGAGCUGGUCGUGCAAGCACUGGCCCCCGACUUCAGGCUGAAUCCCGUCAGGCGUCUGAUCCCGGCGGCCCGCGGGGGAGAGGUUGUUAUCCCCUGUCAGCCCCGGGCAGCUCCCAAGGCCGUGGUGCUCUGGAGCAAAGGCACUGAGAUUCUGGUCAACAGCAGCAGAGUGACUGUAACCCCGGAUGGCACCUUGAUCAUAAGAAACAUCAGUCGGUCAGAUGAAGGCAAAUACACCUGCUUUGCUGAGAAUUUCAUGGGCAAAGCUAACAGCACAGGCGUCCUGUCUGUGCGAGAUGGGACCAAGAUCACGCUAGCCCCAUCGAGUGCCGACAUCAACUUGGGAGACAACCUGACCUUGCAGUGCCAUGCCUCCCACGACCCCACCAUGGACCUCACCUUCAUCUGGACCCUGGACGACUUCCCCAUCGACUUCGAUAAGCCCGGGGGUCACUACCGGAGGGCCAGUGUGAAGGAGACGGUUGGGGAUCUGACCAUCCUGAACGCCCAGCUGCGCCACGGUGGGAAGUACACAUGUGUGGCUCAGACGGUGGUGGACAGUGCGUCCAAGGAAGCCACGGUCCUGGUCCGAGGCCCGCCGGGUCCCCCGGGAGGCGUGGUGGUGAGGAACAUCGGUGACACCACUGUCCAGCUCAGCUGGAGCCGUGGCUUCGACAACCACAGUCCCAUUGCCAAGUACAGCCUGCAAGCUCGCACUCCACCUGCAGGGAAGUGGAAGCAGGUUCGGACCAAUCCCGCCAACAUCGAGGGCAACACCGAGACCGCCCAGGUGCUGGGCCUCACACCCUGGAUGGACUACGAGUUCCGUGUCUUAGCCAGCAACAUCCUGGGCACUGGGGAGCCCAGUGGGCCCUCCAGCAAAAUCCGGACCCAGGAAGCAGCCCCCUCAGUGGCACCCUCAGGACUCAGCGGAGGUGGUGGAGCCCCCGGAGAGCUCAUCGUCAACUGGACGCCUGUGUCUCGGGAGUACCAGAACGGAGACGGCUUCGGCUACCUGCUGUCCUUCCGCAGGCAGGGCAGUGCUGGCUGGCAGACCGCCCGGGUGCCCGGCGCCGACGCCCAGUACUUCGUCUACAGCAACGACAGCGUCCGGCCCUACACGCCCUUUGAGGUCAAGAUCCGCAGCUACAACCGCCGUGGGGACGGGCCCGAGAGCCUCACUGCGCUGGUGUACUCGGCUGAGGAAGAGCCCAGGGUGGCCCCUACCAAGGUCUGGGCCAAGGGGGUCUCAUCCUCAGAGAUGAACGUGACCUGGGAACCCGUGCAGCAGAACAUGAAUGGUAUUCUCCUGGGGUACGAGAUCCGCUACUGGAAAGCUGGGGACAAGGAAGCUGCCGCUGACCGAGUGAGGACAGCAGGGCUAGAUACCAGUGCCCGAGUCACUGGCCUGCACCCCAGCACCAAGUACCACGUGACGGUGCGGGCCUACAACCGGGCAGGCACUGGGCCGGCCAGCCCUCCCGCCAAUGCCACCACCAUGAAGCCCCCUCCACGGAGACCUCCUGGCAACAUCUCCUGGACUUUCUCAAGUUCCAAUCUUAGUAUUAAGUGGGACCCUGUGGUCCCCUUCCGAAAUGAGUCUGCAGUCACUGGCUAUAAGAUGCUGUACCAGAAUGACUUACACCCAACUCCCACCCUUCACCUCACCAGCAAGAACUGGAUAGAAAUUGCAGUUCCUGAAGACAUCGGCCAUGCCCUGGUGCAGAUUCGGACCACAGGGCCUGGAGGGGAUGGGAUCCCAGCAGAAGUCCACAUUGUGAGGAAUGGAGGCACAAGCAUGAUGGUGGAGAACUCGGCAGGUUGCCCAGCCCCACAUGCCGGCACCAUCCUCUCCCACUCUGUGGCGAUGCUGAUCCUCAUAGGCUACCUGGAGCUCUGAUCUCGGCGCCCCUCCCUCUCCACCACAGCUGGACACCCACCUCCGAUGGACACAGCCAGCUGGCCCCGGUCCCUUCCUGAUGCCGAGGUGGCCCAUUCUGUGCCUGAGAAUGGCUGGUUUUAAAUACCCACUUUAAAUAGUGCCCUUUUCGUAGGAGGUAGGAUAUUUCACAUUCGGCCACAGGAUAGAACCCAUGAGAGGAUUUUUUUUCUUUAAAUCAGGAGGCACCAAGCAGUAACUUCCAUGAUGAUACUGAACCCUAUGGGCCCUCUAGGGUGCCCAGAUGGAAGGAACAGGCCUCUAGGAAGAAGGGGGUUUUCAACAUGGAUCUGCACAUCCGCAGAUGGCGCUCUGGGACCGCAGAUGGACUCUACCCCUGAGAGCAGAGUCCUAGGCCCGGCAGGAACACUGGACACGAAUGGGCUGCAGUAGACGCCAUAAACAUCAACAUUCUCCAUCUAAGGAGAGGGCCGAACCCUGGGACCAAGGACUCUCCUACUUCCUCCUCUUGAGGGACAGCACAGCUGAACCCUGACACCCUCGAUGACUCCCUGGAGGCCCUGCACCUGCCCAGGAGGCUGAGAACCAGCGCCCUGAUAUCUGAGGCCAGGAGCCUGAGCCUCAUCAGCUUUGGGGGUGACACUCCAAACUGCUGGAGGUGGGAGCUAAAAAGCGUGGACGCCUGGUGGAAAGGGCCACCAGACUUGGCCCGAGGCACAGUCACAAUCCAGGUGAUAUUGCCUUCUUAGCCAACACUGCCAACCCAACCUUGUUACACCACAGUAACAGACGCCACUACAGGAGGCUGGGUGACUAAAGGGCUUGUCUUGGGGAGGUCCCCCACCCCACCAAGACCCACCCUGCACAGACCCUCCAGGGUUUGGGCAGGAGACAGGAGAUGGGGGUCGCGCUCCCACCCUCUUCCUCCAGCUUGGCCUUCAGGCCCCAGGACUCCACUCUCCCAGCACUGACUCACUCAAGUCUCAGAGAGCAACGUGGCACUAACCCUGAGUCUUGGAGUCAAGAGUCUUCUGAGAAGGGCAGAGGAUCAAUGUGGCCCUGCCUGCUCCCAGGAAUACCUUGCACUACCUGGUGAGACCUGUCCCCAGGCUGCCUCGGACUGCUCUUGUGCACUCCCAGAAGAAACCAAGGUUAAUAAAUGGGACGUCCUAUCUUGC